AUCCGGCGCGCACUUGCUCUGGUUAUGAAAGCUUCUGAAUGAAAUGUUGAAUAACUUGCGUUUUUUUUCCGCUCUUACUUAACCCCCAUGUGGAUCCCUCUGCUCCCUGCUCCUUGGACGAAUGUGCAUGUAUUUUAACCUCUAAAGUGCAUAUUUAAAGCAUAAAAAUGGCGAAAAAGAAAGAAUCGGACACUGCAUGUGACAAAGCUCCAAAGAAGAAACUGCAGCAGCCGCUAAAGGCGAGGAGAAAGAAAGAAACAGUGAACGGUGCUGGAGAUGCAGAAGAACCCAUCAAGAGAAAAGUCCAGUCCAAAUCACGCUCCUCUGCUGCUGCUAAAACUGAUGCUGAGAAAACGAGUAAAUACUUUUCUCCAGUGAAGAAGAAGAAGAAGGAGGAGAAGGAGAAGGAGGAGGAGUCUGAUGAAGAUGAGUUUAUGGAGGUCCCACAGAUCACAGACACAGAGCCUAAAGCAGAGGUGAAAGAAGAGGACGAUGAAAGUGAAGAUGACUGGGAGGAGGUGGAAGAACUGGAGGAGCCUCUUGGUCCAGUGGAUCCCUCUGCUCCCACUCACUCCAUCCCUGAGUCAGUGGAAAUAGAGAUCGAGACUCCAGAGGCCAGGAAGAGAAAGAAGCAGCAGGCCGAGUGGGAGGCCUAUCUGCGGAGAAUGGUGAAUCGAUACAAGAAGGACCUACUCAUAGACACUCACAAGGUGCACUUGUUGUGUCUGGUGGCCAACGCGCAGCACCGGAACUCUCUGUGCAGCGACCCGGACCUGUUGGCGAUCACUCUGUCUUUACUUCCUGCUCACUUUGGAAAUGUGUCCAAAGAACGUAUCGACCAGAACUACCUCUCCGGACUGCACAAGUGGUUCAAAGCGACCUUCACUCUAAACCCCAGUCUGUCCAGUGAGGAUUGCCCCAGCCCCAGGUCUCUUCUGGAGAGGAGACUGGCAAGUCUGUCAGCCAAGAACCAUCAGGAAAUGACUCAUUUGUUCCUUUUGGUGCUCAGGUCCCUGCAGCUUUUUUGUCGACUGGUUCUGUCUCUGCAGCCUGUGCCAUUUAAACCUCCAUCCACAGCAAAGGCUAAAGGGAGCAAAAGCCAGAGCAAAACCAACUCCCAACAGAACUCAGUCGAGUCUAGUCCCACUGAACCUCAGGUCUCCCCCGGAUCCAAGAGACCGUCAGCGGGGGAGAAAAAGGAGAGAGGAGGUAAAAAAGCCAAAAAGAAGUUAGUCAAAUCUGAAGAAGAAGAAGAGGAGGAAGAGGAGGAGGAGAAGAAGAGAGUAAAGCCUGGACAGAGACCAAAGAACAGCAAACGCAGGAGUGUGGCUUCAAAAGUGAGUUACAAAGAGGAGAGCGAGAGUGACGGAGGGACGGACGGGAGCGAGGAGGAGUUCAGGGCUGUGAGUGAAGAAGACAGCGAGGAGGAGGAAGAGGAGAAGAAGACCAAGAAGAAAUCUCCAAAGGACAAGAAACCUUCAAAAAACAAAACUCCAGCUCCAAAAAGACGAAGUGGAGGAAAGAAACAAGACAAAGAACAGAACCACGACGAGGACGAUGAAGAAGCGUCUGUGAACGAGCCUAAAAAGAGGAGACAGAAGGACAGCCCCGGAGCCGAUGAGUGGAUAGAGGUGUAUUUGGACAAACCCCAGUGUUGGGUCUGCGUGGAGGUGGACGUGGGGGUGGCGCCUCCUCAGGUCAUAUCCCAGAACGCAACACAGCCGCUGACUUAUGUGAUUUCUGUGAAUGGAGAUGGAUUCCUGAAGGACUUAGGCUCCAAAUAUGACCCCACGUGGAUGACCUCGUCCAGGAAGAGGAGGGUGGAUGACGAGUGGUGGGAGGAGUCACUGGAGCCAUUUUUAGGACCAGAAGAUGAACGGGGCCAGCAGGAGGACAAGGAGCUCCAGUCAAAGUUGAGGAAUAAGCCUCUGCCAGUGUCCAUCACAGAAUAUAAGAACCACCCCCUGUACGCCCUGAAGAGACACCUGCUCAAAUAUGAGGCCAUCUACCCAGAGACCGCCACUGUGCUGGGCUACUGCAGAGGAGAGCCUGUCUACUCCAGGGAUUGUGUGCACACUCUUCACUCCAGAGACACAUGGCUGAAAGAGGCUCGGACCGUCAGACUGGGAGAAGAGCCAUACAAGAUGGUGAAAGGUUUCUCGAAUCGCUCCCGUAAAGCCAGAAUGAUGUCUGAAAACAAAAAUGAAAAUGACCUGGCUCUGUUCGGAGAGUGGCAGACGGAAGAAUACCAGCCGCCCAUUGCUGUUGAUGGAAAGGUUCCCCGGAAUGAUUAUGGGAACGUGUACCUGUUUAAGCCCUGUAUGUUACCAGUGGGCUGUGUUCAUCUGAAACUGACAAAUCUGAACCGUGUCGCUCGCAAACUCAACCUGGACGCUGCUCCUGCGGUCACCGGCUUUGACUUCCACGGAGGAUACUCACAUGCUGUUACGGAUGGGUACAUCGUGUGUGAAGAACAUGAGGAGAUCCUGAGAGCGGCCUGGGUCGAAGAGCAAGAGAUCUACAAACAAAAGGAGAAGGAGAAGCGAGAAAAGAAAGCUAUUUCCAACUGGACUCUGCUGACCAAAGGCCUUCUGAUCCGUGAGCGUCUAAAACGGCGCUAUGGUCCUCUGUCUAAAGAGUCUAAGGAGGGACCUGAGGGGGAGGCCGGGGGUUUCUCGUCUGACGAAGACCACGACCAAGAAGAGCUGAGCCCAAAAGAAAAGACUGCCUCCGAAGCUCUGGCUCUGUCCUGGCCACAGAACAGACAGACAGAGGAGGAAGAAACCAGCAAAACGAAAUCUAAACGCAGCAAAAAAGGACAAGAGAAGCAUUUGUUUCCAUUUGAGAAAGUCUAAUUCAGAUACAGUCCAGAACAAGAACAGAAUACCCUGAAAAAACCUGCAAUUUCAAAAGUUUUUGAAUACUUACGUGAUUCAGUACACACAAUUUUAUAUAAUUAAAAAAAAUAAUAAUAAUUUUGAUUUUUUUUUACUUUAUUAAUAAACAACCAUUUUGAUCAUUUGUAAAUAUGUAAAUUACACUCUAGCAUACCAACAUAUACAUAAACAAAAGUCUUUUCAUUUCACUUUGAGCUUGUUGAAUGCAGUUAAUGUUGUCUUUUGAUACAUAUUGUCUAAUGUCACUAUGAAUGUAUUUGUCUCUAUAAAAACAGAUGUUAGUUGUGAUUUUGUACAAAGUAUUUUUGUAAGAAACUUAAAAAAAAAUAAAGAGAGUAGUUGUUUCCAUA